UCGAGAACUAACCCCGGAACUAAAGGGCUUGUUCCACCCGAGGCGCAAAACAUGGUGCACCUUCAUUGCCAGCGUUGAACAUCCAGCACUUUGCUGAUUCUCCUCGUCUCUACCGAUGGACUGACACCAGCCAGUGGAGAUGCUGCUGAAAGACCUUCCACGAGAGGCCCUGUUGCGGCCGCUGUCCAGGAACGAGGUGGUGGGCAUGGUGUUGAGGCUGACCGUCUUUGGUGCGGCGACAUACUACAGCAUCAAAUGGGUCUUAGACGCUAUGGACCCAACCUCCAAACAAAAAAGCCAAGCCAAAAAAAGGGCAGAACAACUAAUGAAGAGGAUUGGUGUUGAGGGAGUCAAACUAACAGAGUAUGAGAUGAACAUUGCAUCUCAACUCGUUGAUCCCCGGACUAUGACGGUGACCUGGAGAGAUAUAGCAGGUCUGGAUGAGGUCGUCAAUGAGCUGCAGGACACAGUCAUCCUGCCAUUUCAGAAAAGACAUAUUUUAGCUAGAUCUAAACUCUUUCAGCCUCCCAAAGGUGUUUUAUUGUUUGGUCCUCCGGGAUGUGGGAAGACCAUGAUCGCCAAGGCAACGGCUAAAGCCUCUGGAUGCAAGUUUAUUAACCUUCAGGCCUCCACGCUGACAGACAUGUGGUACGGCGAAUCACAGAAGCUGACGGCCGCUGUCUUCUCAUUGGCAAAAAAAAUCCAGCCAUGCAUCAUCUUCAUUGAUGAGAUUGAUUCCUUUCUGAGGAACCGUUCCAGCCAGGACCACGAGGCCACGGCCAUGAUGAAGGCCCAGUUCAUGAGCCUGUGGGACGGCUUGGAUACGUCCUCAACCACCCAGGUGAUGGUAAUGGGAGCUACAAAUAGGCCACAGGAUGUGGAUCCGGCCAUUUUGCGCAGGAUGCCCACCACUUUUCAUGUUGGCCUGCCAACCACAAGACAAAGACAAGAUAUCCUGGGGCUGAUUUUAGCAGGAGAAAACCUGAGCAAUGCCAUCAAUCUGAAAGAGAUCGCAGAGAAGACCGAGGGUUACUCUGGCAGUGACCUCCGGGAGCUUUGCCGCGAUGCCGCCAUGUACCGAGUACGAGACUAUGUCCGCAAGGAGCAAAUGAGGCAGAUCGCUCAGCAGCUCCAAGACGGCCAGGAGGAAGAAAAACCGGUGGAUGAGGGACGCUUGCGGCCGGUCACCCAGCUGGACCUCCUCUUCGGCCUUGACAAGAUGAAGGAAUCCAAGCAGGCCACAGCCACCAUGUCACCCGUUGUGUCAGAGGUACCCCUGGACUAAACACCAACACUGCACCACAAUGGCAAAUAUUUGGUUGCUCCACCAACAUGUCACGGGUGCAGUUGAAAUAAAAGUCAGGAAUCGCCAAUUGCUUUCCUUAAAGUGUGUAUAUAUAUCCAUGCAGUGUUCUGCUCUGAGCGCGCUCACUUUCAGAACAACCACACGGCAAGUGUACAGUUACAAAACUCUCCGAAAAUCUAACGUCUCAUACUGGCCACUGACUUACUCUGGGGCCGCUGUGAACGUUUGUUUGGCGGAGGUGACUGCAUUCUCCAUUCAUCUUCAUGAAUACUUCCGAAGUUACUGCUGCUAACUAUUGUUCUACACCAAUGUGAGGGUCCAUGUGCCAAGCUGGAGGACUCAUUGCUCAUGAGUCUGGGUUUAUGAGUCGGACCAGUAAUCCCUUGAGGGUUUGCUGCUUUGUUUUAAAUCAAUUCACAAAAACAACUCCUUGGCCAUUAGUGUUGUCUUCCUAACCUGAACGCUGGUAAGAUUAUUUUGUUUUCCUGGUGAAUGGACUGCAACAUUUUGGACAAAAAAGGCGAUGUCAUCACUAUUUCCUUUUCUUCACCAUUCUUUGCUUUUUAGACUAAGAGGCAUUUCAAGUAAUAGGUUCUUGCAGCAAAGAGCUAUGCUAAUGAAUGCAGACAAAAGCAGAUACAAAACACAUUCGGUAAACGGCCAAGUAGAGAAUAGAAAACACUGUUGCGAUUACCUGAGCCAUGCUUCUUAUGGCUUGGAUAUUAUCUGAUUUAGACCGCCUCAAACCUCCGCUAUUAGCAGAUACAUAUUAUAGCAAUCGUGCUGUGUGCAUGAUCGCAAACGUAGAAAAACAAAAUGCUGAAAUGUAAGUUCCUUGAUCGAAACAUUGAGUCUUUUGUACUUCAUUUUAAUUUUUUUUUCACUUAAAACAGUAAUAGCUGGUAAAUCCUAAUUUACAAUCUUUCCGGAAUAUUUCCAAACGGUUGUUUGUGUCGCCAAUGUUUUUAAUACAAUACAAUGAACUUUUCAUGUCUUGUCCCGCUCAUCGAUCAAUCAUGUUUUUUUUCUGUGAACAGCGCGGCUUUAAAAAUCAAAUCCUCUCAACUAGCUGUCAGUCUGAAGUUGUUGUGUCAUGCUGUGCUGACUCCCUCUGUAUAAAAAAGUCUCAUUAUUCACUGCCUGGUCACAGCAUGUGUUCGUGGGUCUCAUUUCUCCCACGCAGUCUGAGCAGGCCAGGGCACAGCGGCCCUUCACCACGGGCCACGCGGUGGCACUGCAGCCUCACAGUCCUGUAAGGGACUGAUAAGUGGACCGCCUAAAAUAAGAGCAGUUUGAAAGCUUUGAGGUUAUAUGAUAAAAUGUGGACCAUUAACUGCCCGGUAGCCGUUAAAGGUCAAAAUGUUUCUUCAUAUUCUCAAGACUGGGUCGCUGCAGCUUACAAGUCAGCUUACGCUUUCUCAAUGCAAUACGAAUAUCAAAUCAGGUCAUUUGAUCUAUUUUCAGUUUUUGAAUUGCUGUUAAUGAAUUACUUACUGUUGAAUAUGUGUAUGUAAACCAUGUACUGUAAAAUGUAUUUAUUAAAUUACUCCAA